AGUUUCUGUCCCUCAGAUCCUUAGGAUGCUUUUACAAGGCAAGAAACCCCAGUCACAAGUGGAACAGAACCCCUCCUGCCCAGCAUUCAUCACUCGGCUAGGAUAAGGAUCAUGUUAAAACCUAUGAUCACAGAAAGUUCCGGGCUUCAUAUUUCUCUGCUGUUGCCUGCGGGCUCCUCCUGAGCCGUGAAGAAGGGGAACUGGAAUCCCAACAUGAGAAGAUGGGUCUGUGCAUGGUGACUCGACCCAUGUGAGAGCUCUCUAAUGUGAGUACCCAGCAGCACACUUUGCUGUCUGUGGUCUGUGGACGUUGACUGGCAUCUAAGCGACACCCCAGCUCCCUCUUCUCCCCCUAGGCACCAGAGUCUUAGAGCCUCCAUGUUCAUUUGCUAUGACAUACAUCAGUGUUGAUGAGAGACAGGAAAACUGCCGGGUGAUCUUGAGCUGCCAAAAUAAUCAGCUUUAUGUCCAGCAUGCCUUAAAGGAUUUUUCAGUUAGCAGCAUGCAUCCCCUAAAGAACUUAGACACUGGGAUUUUUUCUGGGGAGUUCCACACUCUAGACUCCUGCCACGCAGGCAAGGCACCUUUGGCCAAUCCUGUGGAACAACGGAUGUGUCGGAGCGUGGAGAACCUUCACUGGGCAACAGUAGCUGACUCUGGGCUGUAUUCUCACUGCCGGAGCCUGGACAAUGAGAUCAUUUUCCACUAUAAAGGCACUAGGCAUUGGUCAGAAGGCUGUGUGGAUGGGACCCCAGUGCAGAGCACUUCAGACUCUUUAAGGAAGCUUUCACUCUGUGCUAAACAGACAUCACGAUCGGCACAGAAUGUGCUCCUGCCUCCCUUUGCCAAAGUGCCUCAGUGGCUCUUCCCUUCUGCAGAGGAAAGAACCCUCCACAGGGAUGCCAAAAAAGAACUGAAGGAGAAGCUGAGGCUGCACAGCACCAAGGUGGCCGAGCCCAGCAAGCCAGUGCGCCCACAGGCAGCCCUGACUGACCUGAUGGCCCGGGAGUUCCUUGAAUGCCAGGUGUGCCAGCAGUACAGAAAUGGCUGUGCUCUCAACUGCUGCACAGUGUUGGUGGAACACACUGCUCUCAGACACAGCUUCACAGGGAGGCAGAGACUGUGUCUGGCACACAAAAUCACCAAUCCGGAAGACAUCAAGCGGGAGGCUAGGAGAAGGCUUCAGCUCCAAAGGCAGAACAGCUCUCCCAGUUUAACCCUUCAAGACACUGGGAAAAGCCAUGAGAUGACCAAAUCYAGAACAACAGAAUCCUUGGAACAAAGCAGUGGGGAAACUGAUGUCAAAGUGACAUUGGGRCAGAGUCAGAAAGGUCGCUGCAAAGGGAGGCUUUACAUCCCCACUUUUGAGGAAUUCAAGCUAAUGAGAAGUCAGGAGGCAAAUUCAUCUGCCAGCAGCAGUGGGUCAACAAAGUGCUCAAGUAAGACACUUUGUGCAAGCAAGACCCUGGAAAACAAUGUCUGUCCAAAAGUUUUGGAGACCAAAGCUGUGAAUGAAGCCACUGUUGCAGCAGAAGAGGAGGAUGAUGUGUUCCAUGAAAACUACAUCUCUACUGGCUUUUCCCAUUGCCCAGCCACAUCAGAUGGUUUUGAGAUGAGCAGCUCUGAGGUGAAGGACACRACCUACCAGAUCUCCAGCCCAGAUAGGUCCCCAGUCCCCAUUUGCUCUAGCCCAAUUCCACGAUCACCUUUGCAGGUAGUAGCAAUCGACAGGGCUGGGCAGGAGACCUUCAGUGAUGAGCAGCAGAAAGGCGAGACAAGACAAUUGAACGAUGUCCUCCACCUUGCAGGGCAGUCUGAAGCCCAGUCGUCUUGCUGUUCAUCGCUGCUGUUAGAAGCCACAGAUUUAUCCAGCUAUGGAGCUAAACUACAAAAAAUGAAGGAUGAAUUCAUAGGUUCAGCCCUGGAACUUAUUAAGAAAAGCUGCAAUGCUGAGACUGCUGCCAAAUCCUCCACCAAGGGACAGUGUGAUGUGAGGAAAGAGGAUCUGCCACCUCCAGAGGACAGCCAGGAACCCACAGCAAUGUCCAUGGCAACGGAGACCUGGGAGAACAAGCCAAGCAAUGAGGCAUCUGGCGAUGCUCAAGCUGCAGGGAAUAGCUCCAGUGGUGCCUGCCGCCGGUCCAGCUCCGACAUCGUCCACGAGAGCACGGACAGUGCCAAGGCGCAGCGGGAAUGCCGCCUGCGGCCGCACUUCAGCGACCCCAUGCCCACAGACUCCGUGAAGAGGAAGCAGCUGGAGCUGAAGAUCGCGGCCGCCGCGCGGCAGCAUGCGCAGAAGCGCCGGCAGGAGCGAGACUAUGGUCCAGUGGUAGCAAAAGCCAAUCUUGGCCAUGGCGGCAGCUUCGAUGAGACGCACCGUGCCCCGCGUGGCUCGCUCCGCUCCAGGCACCACUGGAGCAACGUCAGCAGCCUGAGCACGGACAGUGGGAUAGUUGGGGUGAACGAAGACCGGGACAGCCCAGAUGCCAGUGAGGGCACCCGGAUGAGGUCGGCGGAGGUGGCCAGGGCAGACAGUGGCAUUGGCAAGACCUCAGCCAGGAAGUGGAGGAACAGGGCGGCAGAGACCCUGAGCUCCCUGCAGGCCUGGGAAGCCCACCGGCCCUGCACUGACUGUGGAGAGAGGGACCUGCCAGUGGAGCCGGAUGCACAGAACUGCAACCAGAGGCGGGCUGACCUCUGCGAGAAGUGCUGCAAGCGCAGGACGGAGCGCAAGGAGUCCGUGCUGGAAUUCGUCAAUACGGAGGCCAGCUAUGGAGAGGACCUGCGUAUCAUCAAAGAGGAGUUCUACCUCCCCAUGCAGGCAGCUGGGCUCCUGAGCCAGGAGCAGCUCCUUGGUGUCUUCAGCAACAUCCAGGAGCUCAUCGACCUCAAUGAGAACUUCCUAGAGAUACUCCAGGAGGAGAUCGAUCGGGCUUUUGACCAGAGUGACGAUGACCUGAUGACCGUAUGCAUCGGCGAAAUCUUUCUGGAGUUUGUCAACAUGCUGCCAGCUUUUCAGACCUACUGUCUUCAGCAGUCCUCCUCUGUGAAUAUGCUGAACGCACUGGAGAAGGAGAAGGAGUUGCUCAGAAUAUUCCUUAAUGUCUCCCAAAAUGACAACACAGCACUGCGGCGGAUGAACCUGAGGUCCUUCCUGAUGGCACCUUUGCAGAGAGUCACCAAGUACCCACUGCUGCUCAGCAGAAUUAUCAAGGCUACCACUGAGUACCACCCAGAUCAUGGCAGCCUGCGGGAGGCCAAGAGCCGCAUCGAAUCCCACCUGGAGCACAUCAACAUGAAAACCAAGCAGGAAGGGAACACCUGGACCCUACGCUCUUUUCGCCAGGACAGCAAGAAGAAAAGAGAAGUCAUCAACAUUGAGAUGAGAGAAACUGCCCUCAAAACUGUAGGUUGGCUGCGGGAGGAGACACGRUUUGUGAUGGAAGGACCUCUGCAGCUGGCUCAACCCCCUGACGGCCAGUGGGUGAAGAAAGGCAGCAAGACCUUGAAGUUCCAGAACAUGCAGGUCCUCCUCCUGGUUAACAUGAAGCGCGUGUCUGAGUCCAGCCUGGAAUCAGCCGAGCCAGGGCCUGUGAAAGAUGCUGUGCUGGUGCUCAUCAGGGACAAAAAUAACGGGAAGUUCCACUUGCUCAGGGAGCCCUUGAGGCUGAGUAAUUGCGUCGUCUCCACGGAUCCCGACUGUGACGACACUUUUGAACUCAUUGAGAUCAGGCGGGAGGCGUUUGUGUUCCGGGACAGCGACCGGGCACGGACUCACCACUGGUUCAGGCAGAUCAGGCGCUACUCGAGGGAGCUGGGCUCCUGGAAGAAGCGGCGCAACGCACUGCCCAACAUCAUGAUCAGCACUCCUCACACUCGGCCCUGAGUCCAGGGCGGGCAGCACGCAGGAGAGACUCGGCUUGAGCAGGGCCAUGUGUGAGGCCCCUCAAAAGAUUCAGUGGCUUGAACUUGCUCUGGAUUUUCUUCCAUGAACAUCAGAAGGAGCCUGGCCCAUAGCCUAAUUCUAAUCUCCAGCCUUAGGACUCAGUCUGUAUGUGGGCGAUGUAUAAACACAAAUAGGCUUCCCCGGAGGAGCAGAUCUCUGGAGGAAAAUACUAAUUUUUCUUGUUAAUAUUGCACUGUGGGGGAAUGGUGUAUGAUGCUUGCCAUUGCAUGGAUUGUGUUGAAAGCAGGUCUUGACCACAUGAGAAAGGUUUCCACCACUGACUAUAUUUCAUCAGCAUUAGGUAAAGUCAGGGUCAAAAUUAGGUGCAGUAUUACCCAACAGGAGGAAGGUUGGAAAAAACAUUUUCCACCACUACUCCUAAGGAUUAAAUUUCAUUAUUCAUUUCUGUACAUUCAGUCAAAAUACUUGUUGAUAAAGAAAAGUCUUUAAUCCAAACCAUGUGGAUAUCAAAUUGCUCAGAUUCAGCUGCAUGUACACAGCAAACAAACAAACAGAAAAGUAGAYGAGACUAAGUGGAGUAGUUGUUCUCUCACACAUCCACGGGUUCCAGACACAUCUGGAGUGUMAGAGCAGUAGCCCUCCACAUAAACUCUGUUAUUUAACUCACUUAGGGACUGGAACGCAACGCUGCAUCUGAAAUAUUCCCAAACGGUAUGUAAAUAUAGCUCUGCUACCACCAAUAGUGAACUUAAAAUAUUGUGAUUAUUUAAAAGAUGUAAUCUAGUGUAUUUCAAAGUUUAAUGGAAAGGAGCAAUUUACAUUGUACUGUAGAUUGACAUAAAAGGUUUUAAUAAUA